AGAAAAGUACCUAUUCUCUCUCAUCAUAAUGUUCCUUUUAUAAAAUCCACCCAAAGACACCAACACCUUCUCCAUCAUCAUUUCAUUUCUUUUUCUUUUUCCUCCAUCCCCAUUUUCUAGUUCGCUCGUGCACAUCUCCGACGAUCCCAAUUCUAAAAUCAUCACUUCUUCCAAUCUUUUUAACACCUCUCUAAAAAGAACAGUCUAAAAAUUAAAAGAUAACAAAAACAGAGAAUCCUUCUUUCUUUUAGUACAACAUAACAUAAAAAUCAUCACUUUUGUUUGUUUGUUUCGUCGAUGGCCUCUUCCGGUAACAGCACAACGGCAGGGACAGGUUCACCGUGCGGUGCGUGCAAGUUCCUGAGGAGGAAGUGUGCAUCGGAUUGUAUAUUCGCACCUUACUUCUCAUCGGAACAAGGAGCAGCAAGAUUCGCAGCUAUUCACAAGGUUUUUGGAGCCAGCAACGUCUCUAAGCUCUUGCUCAAUGUCCCAGUGCAUGAUCGAUGUGAAGCUGUUGUCACCAUCGCCUACGAAGCUCAGGCUCGUCUUCAUGAUCCUGUGUAUGGCUGUGUCUCACAUAUUUUUGCCCUCCAACAACAGGUGGCUUACUUGCAAGCACAAGUUAUGCAAAUGAAGGCACAGAUCGCCGGCCACCAGACGUCAGCCGCCGGAGAUCUAAGAAACAGCUCGGAAGGUACUCAUCAAUUCACGACGUGGCAACAAACUAGUGGCUCUCCGAUUGGCAGUGCUUACUCAACACCAUAUAACCAUCAUCAUCAUCCUUACUACGGUCACGUAAACCCUAACAAUCCAGUCUCGCCACAGAGCUCGCUAGAAGAAUCUUUCAGCAACACGAGCAGUGAUGUCACGACAACAACUAACGUGCGAGAGACUCUUCAAACCGGAGGAGACGUAUACGGUCAAGGCGGGUUAGGGUUUCACGAAGGAUAUCCUAACAAGAAGAGAUCAGUGAGUUAUUGUAAUAGCGAUCUAGGUGAGCUUCAGGCUUUGGCUCUUAGAAUGAUGAAGAACUAAAAUAAGUUGGUAACUCAUGUAGACAGACAGAGAUGAGAUGAAAUGUUUUUUUUUUUACAAGAAACAAAAAUGACAACAAAACAUUCGAUGUCGCAUUCUAUCAUCAAUAAACAUGUCCAGUACAUCCAUGUUUGUUUAAUUUGGAUUAUUUAUUUUGUGAUUGUUGGUUCAACGAUAUGUCUUAGCUAUUGAAAGCUUAUUUACAUUUCGUAAUCACUGAUGUAACUAUGC